GCAGUUUCAUGUACACUGUCUUCUCAAACAUCUGACACAAAGACUUGAAAAGGUAACAUGGGCCCAUUAUCUCUUGUCCUGCUCAUGCUUUCAGCCCAGUGGUCCUGCGCUCAGGAAGACCCUCUUCUGCCAUUCUCUGAACACCUGGACCCCGAGCACAAUGUGCGGCUGAAGUGGGGCUUUGAUGAGAUCCAGGGCACCAUCUUGUUCGAGCUCACUGUCAACACCAGCGGCUGGGUCGGGUUUGGCUUCAGCCCUAAAGGAGGAAUGACUGGAGCCGAUAUCGUCAUUGGAGGAGUUGGACCGAAAGGCAGUUACUUCACGGACCGUCAUUCUGAGGGGAAUUCAAUACCUGUGGUUGACCAGCAACAGAACUACAAACUCCUGUAUCUAACCGAGUCUGACGGGAAAACUGUCAUGAAGUUUCAGAGAUCUAUUGAGACCUGUGAUGAAAAAGAUUUACCCAUCACUAAUCUUCCCAUGAAGCUGAUCUAUGCGUACGGACAGAGCGAUGACAUCGUGUACCACAAUAACCGAAGGGGAACGAAAGAGGUGAACCUGUUGAAGUACAUGCCUCGUGUCAGUCCACCAAACAGCAAGUAUUUCGACAUGACUAUGGCCAAUUUCUCUGUACCAGCCAAUCAAACCUACUAUCACUGCAAGAUCACGAGAGCCCCGACUUUUGAUCGCAAACAGCACAUUUAUCGUAUUGAGCCGGUCAUCACAAACUUCGACCUCGUGCAUCAUCUGCUGCUGUACCGCUGCCCGGCGAGUGUGACGGAGCCAUUUGAAGCGCAAUGUUACACACAAUUGAGAAUCAAUGAGUGUAUGGAGACUAUUGCAGUGUGGGGAGUUGGCGGAGGGGUUUUUGAACUCCCUGAGAUGGCAGGACUUCCAAUUGGAGGAAAUGUUGGAGAUUUUUUCUACAGGCUUGAAGUGCAUUACAACAACCCAAAUAAAAGUGCAGGUCGAGUUGAUAACUCGGGUCUGCGAUUCUAUUACACAUCUGAACUCCGUCAGCAUGAUGCAGCUGUUUUAGGAACAGGGCUUGUAGUGGCCCUUGGGUACGCCAUCCCACCCAAAGCCAAAUCCUUCCUCACGUACGGCCUGUGUGACACUGCCUAUAUUCCACAGGUUCUGGAGACGCCACAUGAUCUUCAGGUGUUUUCUGUGAUGUUGCACACACACUUGACUGGACGGAAGGUGCGAGUCGGACACUUCAGAGGAGAAAAACAGAUCGAUUUCUUAGCUGCAGAUGAAAACUAUGAUUUUGAAUACCAGGAAGUGACAAACUUGGGCCAAACUAAGACAGUGAAGUUGGGUGACAAAUUGCUGGUGGAGUGUACUUAUAAUACUGAAAACCGCACCACACUCACAUGGGGGGGGCUCUCGACUUCAGAAGAGAUGUGUUUGGCUUUCCUCUUCUACUAUCCAGCUAUGAAUCUGAGCGGCUGUAUGAGCUUCCCUAAUGUAACCACUUUAAGAUCUGAGAUGGGAACACCAAGUCAAAAUGCUUGGCUCAACAUGAUGAACAACAUGAUUUGGAAUGACACGUCUAUCAAUAAAUACCAACAAACACUGAAGAAAAUCGAUCAGCUUGUCAUAAUUGUGGAUUCAUUUAAAAACAUAUCACGCAACCCAGGGAUGAUUCCUGAUCUCAAAGUCAUCCCGUCUGAACCCUGCAUGAGCGCUUGUGCCAUCAAAAGUCUUGCUUUGAUAUCACUGCUCCUCUGUUUGGCAGUGCAUUGGGCUUAAUGAAAUGCUCAUGCAAAAUACUAAACCUGAUGUAACCUGAUGUUCUUUCAGUGUCUGUGAUUAAAAGUCAAUCAAUCUAGAUCAGGAGCUCAAGGCAGCUCCACCUUCAAUAACAACCAGAGGG